UAGCUGAUCAAUACUGUCUCCACCACCAGACAAACAUUUCUCCCAAACUUGUGCACUAUUUUGCCUCCGGUCGAGAUCUCUUGUCGUUUUCUUUGUCUUUCUGAUCUUUUUCUUUUCCUCCGUUUGUUUUGCGUGUUUUUGUGUUUCGUGGUAGCUGUUGCACGUGUGAGAGUGUGACACGUUCUUGCUUCCGAGAAAGAUGGAUUCUGGGCAGUGGCACGUUGAGAAGAGGUCCACUUUGAGGAACGAAUCGUUUUUAAAAGAGUACGGUCCAGUCUCCGAAACUGGUAGCCUCUCCAUCGUAGUUCUUGGUGCUUCUGGUGAUCUCGCCAAGAAGAAGACUUUUCCUGCUCUUUUCAAUCUCUACCACCAGGGGUUCCUUAAUCCAGAUGAAGUUCAUAUCUUUGGAUAUGCAAGGAGUAAGAUUUCUGAUCAGGAGCUGAGAGACAAGAUCCAUGGAUAUCUUGUUGAUGAGAAGAAUGCUUCUGAGAAAGCGGAAGCUUUGUCCAAGUUUCUCCAGCUGAUUAAGUAUGUGAGUGGUCCUUAUGAUUCUGAGGACGGGUUCAAAAGGCUAGAAAAGGCAAUCUCCGAGCACGAAAUCUCGAAAAAGACCUCUGAAGGAUCUUCGAGGAGAUUGUUUUAUCUUGCUCUCCCUCCCUCUGUAUACCCUCCUGUAUGCAAGAUGAUCAAGGCAUGGUGCACUAACACAUCUGAUCUUGGUGGAUGGACACGUGUCGUCGUUGAGAAGCCAUUUGGAAAGGACUUGGAAUCUGCAGAGCAGCUUAGUUCCCAGAUUGGAGCACUGUUUGAUGAGCCUCAGAUUUACCGUAUUGAUCAUUACCUGGGAAAGGAACUAGUCCAAAACAUGCUGGUCCUUAGGUUUGCCAACCGGUUCUUUCUGCCGCUAUGGAACCGUGACAACAUAGCUAACGUCCAGAUUGUUUUCAGGGAAGAUUUUGGAACCGAAGGCCGUGGAGGAUACUUUGAUGAAUACGGAAUCAUUCGUGAUAUUAUUCAAAACCACUUGCUCCAGGUUCUUUGCCUUGUUGCAAUGGAGAAACCAGUCUCUCUUAAACCUGAGCACAUCCGUGAUGAGAAAGUGAAGGUUCUUCAAUCAGUGAUGCCUAUAAAAGAUGAAGAGGUGGUUCUUGGACAGUACGAAGGUUAUAGAGAUGAUCCAACUGUUCCAAACGACUCAAACACUCCAACCUUUGCCACAACAAUUCUUCGCAUAGACAAUGAAAGAUGGGAAGGUGUUCCGUUUAUACUGAAAGCCGGAAAGGCAAUGAGUUCAAAGAAGGCAGAUAUUCGGAUUCAGUUUAAGGAUGUUCCUGGCGACAUAUUCAAAUGUCAAAAGCAAGGGAGGAACGAGUUUGUCAUACGCUUGCAACCUUCGGAGGCCAUGUACAUGAAGCUAACUGUGAAGCAACCGGGUCUAGAGAUGCAAACCGUGCAGAGUGAACUAGACCUAUCUUACAAGCAACGUUACCAAGAUGUCCCGAUUCCAGAGGCUUACGAGCGCCUCAUUCUCGACACAAUCAAAGGUGACCAGCAACACUUUGUUCGCAGAGAUGAGCUGAAGGCAGCUUGGGAAAUCUUCACUCCACUACUUCACAGGAUAGGUAACGGAGAAGUGAAAUCGAUCCCAUACAAACCAGGAAGCCGAGGGCCAACGGAAGCAGAUCAGCUGCUAGAGAAAGCUGGUUAUUUGCAGACCCAUGGCUACAUAUGGAUCCCUCCUACGCUGUAAACAAGGAGAUGAUAAUGAGUGCACUGCACAUGAAAUAAGAGCUCCUCUGUUUUUGUUUUCUUGUUUUCUUUUCUGAAUAAAAAAAUCUCUUCAAUGAGCUUGUAAGUGAAUUAUAUGUAUACUAGUGUUCUUCACUAGGAUAUUGCUUGUCUUGUGUUUUUUUACCCAUAUUGCUAAAAAGGCUUUGUAAGAACACACUAUUAAAUUAAGAGAGCUUUUUUUUUUCUUUUCA